AUGGGUCAUAACAACCAUACUCACCACUCUUUGCUUGCAGACAAGGCUGCUCUUCUGGCGUUCAAAAACACCAUUAAAUUUGAUCCAAAUUGUGAGAUAACUAGCUGGGGGGAGGAUGUGGAUGUAUGCAGCUUCGGAGGUGUCACAUGCGACAAAAACCAUCACCGUGUAACUCAACUUUCUCUACCAGAUUGUGGGCUGACUGGAUCCCUCUCACCCUUUCUUCCAAAUCUCACUGCUCUUCGAUUCCUACAGCUCUAUAACAACCAUUUUUCCGGAGUCAUUCCGGCUGAAUUUUCCGACCUCAGACACCUUAUUUUUCUCCAGUUGGAUGAGAACAAUUUACAGGGUCCCAUACCAGAGUCCUUUGCUCUUCUUUCUAAUCUCCUUGUAUUGACUCUUUCAGAAAACAAUUUAACAGAAGCACUUCCACCUUCCUUCUUCUGCAACUGCACUUCACUGAAAAAUGUAGACCUGUCCCACAACUUUUUCACAGGAAUAAUUCCACAAGAAAUAGGAAAUAGUCCACAUCUAUGGUCCCUCAAUUUAUACAACAAUCAGUUUGUAGGACAGCUUCCAGCGUCUUUGGUAAAUACUUCAAUGUAUAAUUUGGACGUGGGAACCAAUAAUCUUACGGGUGAGUUGCCUUCGGAUAUCUUGGGGAAGGUGCCUUCACUUACAUAUCUCCAAUUAUCAUAUAACUAUAUGAUAAGUCAUGACAACAACAGCAAUCUUGACCCCUUUUUCACUGCCCUGGAAAAUUGCACAAUGUUAGAUGAGCUUCAGCUGGUUAGCAUGGGCCUCGGAGGAAGAUUGCCGACUUCAAUUAGCCAACUUAAUAUAACCAAAAUGUUACUGCAAGAAAACCGGAUCACUGGAUCAAUUCCUCCGAGUAUAGCAAAUCUUUCCUACCUUAUGACACUAAAUUUGACGUCAAAUCGUCUGAAUGGAAAGAUAUCGUCAAAGAUUAGUACGUUGUUGAAUUUAGAGCAGCUUUUUUUAUCACACAACCUGUUCUCAGGUGAAAUUCCAGCAACAUUAGGUCAACUCUCUCAUCUGGGUUUGCUUGAUCUAUCAUACAAUAAUUUCAGUGGUCCUAUCCCGGAAAGUCUUGGAAAUUUAGUUCGGUUGAAUUAUUUGUUUCUCAACAACAAUUUUCUUUCAGGAUCGAUACCCCGAACCUUAGGACAGUGCAUAGAUCUGUGCAAGCUAGACUUAUCCUACAACAGGUUGAAUGGCAGAGUUCCCCCAGAAAUUUCAGGUAUUCAUGCAAUCAGAAUAUUUCUAAACCUGUCGCAUAAUCGUCUCGAGGGGCCAUUGCCAAUUGAGUUUAGCAAACUGGAAAAUGUUCAAGAGAUAGACCUUUCAUCAAAUAAAUUCACUGGGAAUAUAUUCCCUCAGAUAUCAAGUUGCAUUGCAUUGAUGUUGUUAAAUUUAUCGCACAAUUCUAUUGAAGGGUACCUUCCAGAUUCUCUAGGUGAUCUCAAAAGCCUAGUGUCACUCGAUGUUUCAAAAAACUACUUAUCCGGUGUGAUCCCUACAAGCCUCAGCAAAAUGUAUACCCUAACCUUCAUCAAUCUUUCUUUCAAUCAGUUUGAAGGUAGGGUUCCUUCAGGGGGCAUCUUUAACUCGGUAACAAAAAUGUCGUUUUUAGGCAAUAAGGGUCUCUGUGGUGCAGUUACUGAGAGGCCCAUUUGCUCUCAAAAGCGGCAUUGGUUUCAUUCACAUAUGUAUUUGAUCAUAUUAAUCUCAGUCAUCUGUAUAUCAACACUCCUGACAGCAAUCUGUUGUAAGAUUAAAUUCGACCUCAUAAGAAAUUUGAUUUCAGCAAAAUCUGAAACGCUAAGAAGGCAACAAACACCAGAGUUGAGGCGAAAUUUCCCAAGAAUUACUUAUAGAGAGCUGUCAAAGGCCACUAGAGAGUUUGAUGAGAAGACGCUAAUUGGCACAGGAAGCUAUGGACGUGUUUAUAAAGGAAUUCUUCCAGAUGGAAGAGCGAUAGCAGUCAAGGUUUUAGAUUUACAAUCUGGGAAUCCGACAAAGAGUUUUAACCGAGAAUGUCAAGUUUUAAAGAGGAUCCGCCACAGAAAUCUUAUAAGAAUUAUAACUGCAUGUAGUCUACCUGAUUUUAAGGCACUCGUUCUUCCUUAUAUGGAAAAUAGGAGCUUGGAUAGCCGUCUUUAUCCGGGGACAAGUGUGGAUUCGAACUCAGACUUGUCUUUCAUCGAGAGAGUGAAUAUUUGCAGUGACAUAGCCGAAGGGAUGGCCUAUCUUCAUCACCAUUCUCCUGUUGGAGUCAUACAUUGUGAUUUAAAGCCAAGCAAUGUUCUUCUCACAGAUGAAAUGACAGCUCUGGUUUCUGAUUUUGGGAUUUCGAGGUUGUUUACGCCGGUUGGAGAUGAAAAUGCUGGGGACAUCGAGAACCUGGGAAACUCGACUACUAAUAUGUUGCGUGGAUCUAUUGGAUACAUAGCACCAGAUGACAUGUUUGGUGGUGAACUAAGCUUGCAGAAAUGGAUAAAGAUGCACUACCAUGGAAGAAUGGAAAAAGUUAUCGAUCCCUCAUUGGUGAUAGCUUCAAGAGACCAGUCUCCUGAAGAACGAAGAAUGUGGUAUGCUGCAGUAGGAGAAUUGAUCGAAUUAGGUAUUCUGUGCACACAGGAAUCACCCUCUACUAGGCCUACGAUGCUAGAUGCAGCUGAAGAUUUGGAUCGCCUCAAGAGAUACCUAAGUGGUGACACAUUUUCCUCUUCUCUUGAUUUUAGUCUUCCACUCUAG